AUGCACAUUACUCUAGGUCAGGCGAUAUGGGCAUCCGUUAAGCCAAUUAUCAAAAUAUACUUGAUUAUAGGUGUCGGAUUUUUAAUGGCCAAGAUGGGAAUCCUCACAGUGGAAGCAACUAGAAUCAUUUCUGAUGUUGUGCUAACAGUUUUACUUCCCUGCCUGUCUUUUAACAAGAUUGUUGCCAAUAUCGAAGAUAAAGAUAUCAAAUCUGUCGGAAUAAUUUGUUUAUCUGCCCUCUUAAUCUUUGGCACUGGACUGUUUUUCGCAUAUGUUGUGAGGCUACUCCUGCCUGUUCCUAAACAAUGGUAUGGUGGUAUUCUUGCCGGUGGCAUGUUUUCAAAUAUCAGUGAUUUACCAAUUGCAUAUUUACAAUCCAUGGACCAAGGGCUUAUAUUUUCAGAGGAAGAAGGCAACAAAGGUGUGGCUAACGUCAUUAUAUUUCUGACGAUGUUUCUAAUUUGCAUUUUCAACUUGGGUGGGUUUCGAUUGAUUGAAAGUGAUUUUAAGUACAACGACGAUGAAAGUGCUGCUAGGAUUUCAGAAACGACAGCGACACGCCCCACAACAAAUGCAAAUACUACUAGUACGGGUACUAACAAGAGUUCCUUCUCAAAUGGUCAGCACUUUUUCAAUGAAAAAUACACUGCUCGCAAUAGCGUGACCGAAGCCAUAAAUACCAAUGUAAAUGUAAAUGCAAACGCAAAUACAAACGCAAACAUGAUCAGAGGCGCGUCAAUAUCAAGUCAACCAACAAGUAGUAUAGAUCCUUUGUCACUUUCGGGUAAUUAUGCCAAUUCAAUGAUUAAAAAACCAGUUCAACCAAAAGGUAGAGAUACUAUUGCAUAUAUUCCAAGUAAAGGGCCACAGGUUACUUCUGGCUCAAAUGCUUUAGAGAACCAAUCAUCCGCAUCAUCAGUGCAUUCCUAUAAUUCAUCAGAGAGUUAUAAUAGCAGCCUAGAUACUAUGAGGGUACGCAGAACAGCCAGUCAGCCAAGAGCUUACAACACCGCUUCAGCUCUAGAAGAGAAAUAUUUGGGCGAGAAAUACUCUAAGAAUAUAUCUUUAUCUGCCUUAGAACCUAUACGCUCUAUUGACAUGCGUGCAUUGCCCUCUCAAAACAUUCAUCAUCUCAUCAGAGAGUACUCUAAUGUUGACCAAUAUGGUAAUCAAAGGAGGAACUCGAGUUUAGUAGGUACCGACAUGAAUGAUGAACGUUCGAUGACAUCAAACUCGACUUUAGAAACUAUAAAAACUGCCAACCUGACCAGGAUCCUAACAUCAGAUGCCACCGUAAGUAAAAAGGAUAUUGAAACCUCAGGCGAGUCACUACCAAAGUGGAUGAAAAAGUUCCCAUUAACUCCACUGCUGGUAUUUUUCUUGAAAAAUUGUCUAAGACCGUGCUCUAUGGCCGUGAUCAUUGCCCUGAUUGUUGCAUUUAUCCCAUGGGUAAAGGCAUUGUUUGUCACUACUGCCAAUACACCUCAUAUAAGACAAGCACCGGACAACGCCCCCCCCUUAAGCUUUUUCAUGGAUUUUACAGGUUAUGUCGGCGCCGCAAGUGUUCCAUUUGGGUUGAUAUUAUUAGGAGCAACCUUGGGUAGAUUAAAAAUUGGUAAUUUGUAUCCAGGAUUUUGGAAAGCUGCUGUAGCGCUUGUAAUUCUGAGACAGUGUAUCAUGCCAAUUUUUGGUGUCCUAUGGUGUGAUCGGUUAGUAAAAACUGGCUGGGUUAAUUGGCAAGAUGAUAGAAUGUUGUUAUUUGUUAUUGCAAUAAGUUGGAAUCUACCAACAAUGACUACUCUUAUAUAUUUCACCGCCAGUUUUACACCGCCAGAGAUAGCCGAGCCAGUCCAAAUGGAAUGUGUUUCUUUUUUCUUGAUGCUACAAUAUCCACUAAUGGUAGUUAGUCUGCCGUUUUUGGUCUCUUACUUUUUGAAAGUACAAAUGAAGCUUUAG